AUGGGUGUCAGAGAUUCCCAUGGCGAGGCCACGGGGACUCCCGACCCCGUCGAGAAGGGCUUCGCCACCCUGAACACCAUUCGGAUCGGUGUGAAGGCCAUGGUGCAGAAGGACGGAGAAUUGAGGAAAGCCGAGAUUCUAUCCAUUAGGCAGCGAAAGGAUGGCCCGAGUUUCUAUGUUCAUUAUGUCGAUUUCAACAAACGUCUCGAUGAAUGGGUUGAUUCCGGAAGGCUCGAUCUAUCCCAGGAGGUUGAGUGGCCACAGCCCGAGAAACCGGAGAAGAAGAAAACCGGUCCCGGGCAGAAGGCGCCCAGCAAGAAUACGCAGAAGCGCCCCAGAGCAGGGAGCCGAGAGGUAUCGGCAACGCCAGAUCUUCUGACGGGCAAAAACGCCAAUGUCGGUAAGGCUCCGCGGCCGUCGAAGGCCGGUGGGAAGGAGAACCGCGGCGAGGACACGCCGUUGAACAUGUCCAUCUUGGGCUCUGAGGCCGUCUCGGCUGAUGGGACGCCGAAGGGCGAAUCCGACGACGUCGACAUGAUCGAUGUCGGGUUCUCCGAUCUGAAAGAGGAGCAGGGCAAGAUGUCCCGGGAGGAGGAAAUCGAACGGUUGCGGACCAGCGGUAGUAUGACCCAGAAUCCGACGGAGAUUCAUCGCGUUCGAAACUUGAAUCGCCUGCAGAUGGGCAAGUUCGACAUCGAGCCCUGGUACUUCUCUCCGUAUCCUGCCGAAUACUCCGACGUGGACAUGGUCUACAUCGAUGAGUUCUGUCUCAGCUACUUCGACAACAAGCGUGCGUUCGAGCGCCACCGCGCCAAAUGCACACUCGUGCACCCUCCCGGCAACGAAAUCUACCGCGACGACAACAUCUCCUUCUUCGAAGUUGACGGCCGUCGCCAGCGUACCUGGUGUCGCAACCUAUGUCUGCUGAGCAAACUCUUCCUCGAUCACAAGACGCUUUAUUACGACGUCGACCCCUUCCUGUUCUACUGCAUGUGCACCCGCGACGAAACCGGCUGCCACCUGGUCGGAUACUUCUCCAAGGAAAAGGAUUCCGCUGAAGGCUACAACCUCGCGUGUAUUCUGACCCUUCCUCAAUACCAACGUCGUGGCUUCGGUCGCCUUCUCAUCGCCUUCAGCUACGAGCUCAGCAAGCGCGAAGGCAAACUCGGCUCGCCCGAAAAACCGCUCAGUGAUCUGGGUCUUCUGGGAUACCGCCAAUACUGGCGGGAAACGCUGGUCGAAUUACUCAUCGAGCCGGGCCGCGAGUCGAUCAGUGAAAACGAGCUCGCGGUGCUGACCUCCAUGACGGAGAAAGACGUCCAUGAAACUCUGGUUGUUUUCAACAUGCUCCGAUAUCACAAAGCAAAUUGGGUCAUUGUCCUCACCGACAACGUCGUCGAAGAGCACAAGAAGCGUCUCGAAAAGGAAAAGAUCAAAGGAUCCCGCAAGAUCGACCCGACGCGUCUGCAAUGGAAACCGCCUGUCUUUACCGCGUCCAGCCGAACCUGGAACUGGUGA